GGGAAAUGGAAAAAGGCUCACUUUUCUGGUUAGCAGUAGGAUGUUUUGUUUCUGGUUAUAGGCAGCAGUUUCUGGAUAUUUCCUUUGGUAGAAGUAGUGAAAUUCGUCAUUAUGGCUUCUGGGUGAUAGUUUUGAAGAUUGAUUAACUCCUAUAUGUGGAGUUUCAGUCUUCUACCUUGGUUUCCUCCAGAUUUUUAGCCCCAGAAUUCCCCAGCCAGCAUAUAAGUAGUCCUUAAGAUACAACUGUCAUGGCCUUGCAACUACAUUGCAUGUAAUGGCUGUUAAGUGAGAUCGCUUUUCUUAACUACCUGGAUCCCCUGCUCUCUCUGAUGCAGCCAUUAAUUGAGUACUGGCUACCUUGGGGCUGGUGAAAACUCUUGGAGGUCUAGAGCAGGGCCAGGCUUGCCUGCCACAGGCAUCUCUAGACCUUCCCACCCUCCAAGGCACUCUGUGCUCUGUUUCCUAUUCCUGGUCCUUCCUCCAGGGUCCCCACAGGUUUCUUCUCACUCACGCUGGAUCUUUGCAGUCCUUAGGUCUGACUCCCACCCCACCAGGCCUCACACCCUCCUCCUCCUCCUCCAUCCCUUUUGAAGAUCUCUGAUCCUCAUGUUGAGGAAGGACGGAAGGACAGGCAUCCCUGGGCCUCAUGACUGUGUCCUGGAAGCAGCCACCAUUUUCAGUGGGCGCCGGAUUCAUCCCUGGGCCAUGCGGUGGACUUGUGGAAGCGGCUGCCAUUUUGCCACACUGUCCGCACUGUUGUACAGAAGAGGGACAAACAUCUUUUUGGCUACCUUAACAUGAGAGAAAAAAUGUACAGUUGAAAAUGUUUCAUUUUUAAAAAUGUUAGAAGUCUCAGUAGCUUUUGACAAGGAAAAAAAAUGGGUAUUGUCAGUUUUGCUAUGAACAUUAGGGCAAGGCAAGAAGCUCAGUUGCCUCAAACUGCAAGAUGGGCAUAGUUUAAUAAUAAAUGAAUUUAAUAAUAAAAAGGUAAUGUAAAGCUUAUUUCGUCACUCUUGCUCAAUGAUGAGAUCUCCAUAGAUACAGAUAACACACAAUUGUUAACUUGUAUUUUCCAUUUUUCAAAAAGGUCAAAAUUUCUUUAAAGUUUUCCAAAUAUCCCUACAAGUAAAGAGAGGAACUUUAUUUGGAGCAAUGAACAGAUAUUUAAGCUAUGCAGAUGAAUGAUCCUGAUUUUGCGAGUUUAGAAGUCACCAAAGAAUAGCAAACAGGAUGGCAAUAAGAGCAUUCUGGACAACUUUAAAUAACAAGCAACGUUGAAAAGGGAAGAAAAUCAAGCCAGAAAUUAAAAUAUUUUCCAUUUCCUUCAGAAAAUCAUAUAAUGCUGCUCCUCCUCCAGCAGCUAUUAGGCAAAAGAAAAAAAUCAAGAAAGAAUAAGGAGAUUAUGCAGAACUCAAGGAUACAUUACACGAAAAAUGAAGGCAGAUUAUUUAUUAUUAAGCAAAAGAGAGAAAUAUCUGGAAGUCAGGAGGAAACUGUAACACGUAGAACAGACAGUAAUACAGGCCUCUCCCUGUGAGGAAGAAAACGGCUUGAAUGAAAGGCAUUGUCAUAUUUUAUCUCAAGAAUAUCAGCUGUGGAAAAGCUCCAUAAAUUUGUCGAUUGUGGGAAAAGCACAGAUUGCAAAUCACAGCUGAUUAUGCACAAGAGGACCCAGAAAGGAGAAAAACCAUACAAAUUACCUGAAUGUGGCAAAAGCUUUGGUCACAACAGCUCCCUUGUGAUUCAUGGAAGCACCCAGACACAAGAGGGAAGCCACAAAAGUGCUCCCAAUGCAGUAAAUGCUUUAGUGAGCACAGCAACAUGGUGCUACAUCAGAUAACUCACAGGAGGGAAAAAACAUGACUUUGCAGAUUAUUUAUUUAUUUAUUAAAUUUUUAUACCGCCCUUCUCCCGAAGGACUCAGGGCGGUGUACAGCCAAAAUAAAAACAAAAUAUAUACAAUUUAAAACAACAUUUAAAAAGAGCAAAUUUUAAAGGCUGAUUAUUAAAAUUUAAAUUUAAAAAUUUAAAAAUAUUAAGAAUACCCAAUUAAAAUUCAUCACUAAUUAUGCCAGUCCCGCUUUAAUGAAUAAAUAUGUUUUGAGCUCACGAUGGAAGGUUAUAUGAAAGUUUCGUUAGAAAUUCCCAGGUCAUGAGACACUAAAGGGCACACAUGCAGGAAUAAAACCAUUUGAAAACUUUCUGCAGGAAAAGUUUCAGUGAGAAUUCCAUCCUGGUGAAGCACUCAAGGACUCACACAGAAGUGAAACCCUUUGAAUGACCUGAUUGUGGAAAAAGUUUAAAUCACAAUUUCAGUCUGAUGUAUCAGAAGAUUUACUCCAGGGAGAAGCUGUGUGAGUGUGUAGAUUGUGGGAAAAGCUUCAUGAGAAAUUUCCAUCUCACGAUACACCAGAGGAUUCAUAAAGGAGAAAAACCUGUUCAAUGUCCUGACUGUGGGAAAAGUUUCAGUUGUAAUUCCCGCCUCACUCCAUGGAGAAACCUUAUGAGUGUCGAGAUUGUGGGAAAGGUUUCAUUAGAAAUUCCCAUCCCCUCAGACAGAAGACCACACACACAGGAGAUAAACCCUUUGAAUGUCCUCAUUGUGGGAAAGGUUUUAGUCUGAGUUCCAGCCUGGUGAGACACCAGAGGACUCACACAGGAGAGAAAACCUUUGAAUGUCCUAUCUGUGGGAAAAGUUUAAGUGAUAAUUCCAGCCUGUUGACACACCAGAGGACUCACACAGGAGAGAAACCCUUUGAAUGUCCUAUUUGUAGGAAAGGUUUUUGUAAUAAUUCCGGCCUAGUGAAACACCAGAGGACUCACACAGGAGAGAAACCCUUUGAAUGUCCUAUCUGUGGGAAAAGUUACAUUCAGAAUUCCCACCUGGUCAUACACCAGAGGACUCACACAGGCGAGAAACCCUUUGAAUGUCCUAUCUGUGGGAAAGGUUUUAGUGGUAAUUCCAGCCUGGUGAGACACCAGAGGACUCACACAGGAGAGAAACCCUUUCAAUGUCCUAUCUGUGGGAAAAGUUUUAGUGAUAAUUCCAGCCUGUUGACACACCAGAGGACUCACACAGGAAAGAAACCCUUUCAAUGUCCUAUCUGUGGGAAAAGUUUUACUAAUAAUUCUAACCUGGUGAAACACCAGAGGACUCACACAGGAGAAAAACCCUUUAAAUGUCCUGACUGUGGGAGAUGUUUCAGUCUUAAUGACACACUGGUGACACACCAGAGGACUCACACAGGAGAGAAACCCUUUGAAUGUCCUGAUUGUGGGAAAAGUUUUAGUCACAGUUCCAGCCUGGUGAAACACCAGAGGACUCACACAGGAGAGAAACCUUUUGAAUGUCCUAUAUGUGGGAAAAGUUUUAGUAAUAAUUCUAACCUGGUGAUACAUCAGAGGACACACACAGGCGAGAAACCCUUUGAAUGUCCUAUCUGUGGGAAAAGAUUUAGUGAAAAUUCCAGCCUGGUGAAACACCAGAGGACUCACACACGAGAGAAAACCUUUGAAUGUCCUGAUUGUGGGAAAAGUUUUAGUCACAGUUCCAGCCUGGUGAAACACCAGAGGACUCACACAGGAGAGAAACCUUUUGAAUGUCCUAUAUGUGGGAAAAGUUUUAGUAAUAAUUCUAACCUGGUGAUACAUCAGAGGACACACACAGGCGAGAAACCCUUUGAAUGUCCUAUAUGUGGGAAAAGUUUUAGUAAUAAUUCUAACCUGGUGAUACAUCAGAGGACACACACAGGCGAGAAACCCUUUGAAUGUCCUAUCUGUGGGAAAAGAUUUAGUGAAAAUUCCAGCCUGGUGAAACACCAGAGGACUCACACACGAGAGAAAACCUUUGAAUGUCCUAUCUGUGGGAAAAGAUUUAGUGAAAAUUCCAGCCUGGUGAAACACCAGAGGACUCACACAGGCGAGAAACCCUUUGGAUGCCCUAUCUGUGGGAAAAGGUUUAGUGUCAAUUCCAAUCUGCUGACACACCAGAGGACUCACACAGGAGAGAAACCCUUUGAAUGUCCUAUCUGUGGAAAAAGUUACAGUCAGAAUUCCAACCUGCUGACACACCAGAGGACUCACACAGGCGAGAAACCCUUUGAAUGUCCUGAUUGUGGGAAAAGUUUUAGUCACAGUUCCAGCCUGGUGACACACCAGAGGACUCACACAGGAGAGAAACCCUUUGAAUGUCCUAUCUGUGGGAAAAGUUUUAAUGAAAAUUCCAGCCUGGUGAAACACCAGAGGACUCACACAGGAGAGAAACCCUUUGAAUGUCCUACUUGUGGGAAAAGUUACAGUCAGAAUUCCCACCUGGUGAUACACCAGAGGACUCACACAGGUGAGAAACCCUUUGAAUGCCCUAUCUGUGGGAAAAGAUUUAGUGAAAAUUCCAGCCUGGUGAAACACCAGAAGACUCACACAGGAGAGAAAUCCUUUGAAUGCCCUAUCUGUGGGAAAAGAUUUAGUGAAAAUUCCAGCCUGGUGAAACACCAGAAGACUCACACAGGAGAGAAAUCCUUUGAAUGUCCUAUCUUUGGGAAAGGUUUUAGUGAUAAUUCCAGCCUGUUGACACACCAGAGUACUCACACAGGAGAGAAACCCUUUGAAUGUCCUGACUGUGGGAGAUGUUUCAGUCGUAAUUACACGCUGGUGAUACACCAGAGGACUCACACAGGCGAGAAACCCUUUAAAUGUCCUGAUUGUGGGAAAAGUUUUAAUCACAGUUCCAGCCUGGUGACACACCAGAGGACUCACACAGGAGAGAAACUCUUUGAAUGUCGUAUCUGUAGCAAAAAUUUUCGUGAUAAUUACACGCUGGUGAUACACCAGAGGACUCACACAGGCGAGAAACCCUUUCAAUGUCCUGAUUGUGGGAAAAGUUUUAGUCACAGUUCCAGCCUGGUGACACACCAGAGGACUCACACAGGAGAGAAACUCUUUGAAUGUCGUAUCUGUAGCAAAAAUUUUCGUGAUAAUUACACGCUGGUGAUACACCAGAGGACUCACACAGGCGAGAAACCCUUUGAAUGUCCUGAUUGUGGGAAAAGUUUUAGUCACAGUUCCAGCCUGGUGACACACCAGAGGACUCACACAGGAGAGAAAAUCUUUGAAUGUCCUAUCUGUGGGAAACGUUUCAGUCAGAAUUCCCACCUAAUGAUACACCAGAGGACUCACACCGUUGAGAAAUCUGUGAGAUGUCCUCCAGAAGCUAAUAGUAUUCUAAUUAGCUGAGAAACAG